AUGGUUGAACCUGUGGCAAGAGGUUUCUAUCCUCGUUUGUCCUCCAAUGAAAGCCCAGACACGGGUGCGAUUGUAUCCAUGGGCUGGCAAAACUUGCAAGAGAAGUUGCAAGAGUUGGAGGAGCAACUCCAAUCGCAGCUUUGUGAAGACCCUCGGGAGACCGGAGGUUAUGAAGACAUCACUCUUCACUUGGACCCAGGAGUCGGUGCUCCACGUCCCAGACAACUGCCAGCCGAACAGACGCCCCCGUCUUUGCCUUCAUUGCCUCGUCAAAUGCAUUGGCCCUGCACCCCAUCUCCGCUGCAAUGCGGCGCGGAGUAUCGAGCAGCCUUGGCGGCCAUGAAAGCUGAGCAAGAAGAGUCUGUCUUUACUCGCAAGCAUCAAGACCAAGGAUGGCAACUUGAGCCAACAACCCUCAGCCCGACGACGCCCAGAACCGCAUCACCCAGACAGCGAGAAUGGGCCUUAUUGAACACCGUGGACGAACCAGCAACCAAUGAGCGAGCCAAAGAAUGCUUGCAGCUGGUGGCUGAUGUCGAUGGAGUGUUGCAAAGUGUCGAACUUUGGGCACGGGCUUGGGCCGCUCCCUCCCAGGUGGUCUACACCACGGAGCAGAAGCUGCUGUUACAACAGGCAUUGCUUUCAUGGGCCGCAGUCACUCAUCAGCCUGUUCACGAGCCUCCUCCUGCUGAUGAAUGUCACACUCUCCAACGCGACAAAAUGUCACGUACAGGAACACGAACCCCAAUGUGCAGUGCAAGUUUGAUGGGUGGAAUUCUAUCCCGUUUCCGCAGGCUUCUCCUGGAUAGCGCCCUUUCUGUCUGGAUUUGCGUCACAACUUCGGAGCAAAGAAGGAGAUCCUCAGAGGAGUGGCAAGCGACCUUCGAAGCUUCAGCUGGGCGUACCUGUGUGCGCUACGCCGUGUUGGCGAACGCUGGCCUAGCGUGCGCAUCGAUUGGCGAAGGCCGCCAGUUACGGAGGUGGUUUUGGCGGGCCUGGCGGCUGGGGCUACAAAGGAGAAGUCCGCUGGACGCCUUGCUGGGUCUUCAUCAAAGCUACUGGAUCCUGCAAGGUUUCCAGCGCUGGGCGCGGAGCGUCUCGGCGGCGCAGCGGCUCCGCGAACUGCAGCGCCAUGCAGAGUUGGCAGAGCUUUUGCGACAGCAGAAGCGGGCGGAGCACUGCGCAGAGGUGGUGCUGAAGCAGCAGAGCGUGGAGAAGGAUGCGAUGUUGUGCAGCUUAGUUCUCCGGACUUGGCAAGCUCAGCUGAAAAGGUCUACAGAUGGAGGCCUUGAGUGGCUUCACCAACAAGAACUACAAUUGGUGCAACGGGAGCUCGAGGAGGAACGGAUCAGGCGCAAGAGGAUGCAAGAAGAGUUGGACCUCCUCAGACAACGAGCCGUUCCAGAGGGUAGGCAGUAUGAAACUGCCUCUCGACCAGUCUCUGCUAUGGCUGAUGAGGAUCAUUUGCUAAUCUUUGCGCAAAGGGAGGAAGCAAUUCGAGAAGGGGAGGAGAAACUUCAAGAGAACCUGCUUCAGCUGCAGAGUCAGCGAGAAGAACUUCAGAAAAUGGAGCGGGAGUGGCAAAAUCGAAGCCUCAGUGGACAGACUUCACCGGGCUUGGAUUCUCGCGGCCCUCGCCUGUGCUCAACACCCACACGGCGGCCCUCGCCACACCCCACGGAUCAAGAGGCGUUGCAGCAUCAAAAUGAGCAGAUCCGAUCAAUGAAGUUGCAUGAACUAACCUUGGAGUUGCUGUCUGCGAAAUCGCAGUUGGAUGACGAUGCCACAAAAAACAGCAGACGUUGGAUACUGCACUUGGAUAUCUUGGACCAAAUGUUUCAGCGUCAACCCAGUCUCUUGCUCUCAACAGCUAUCGCUGUACUACAUGCAUGGUACUUGGUCGCAGCCAAAGCUGCUGUGAGAAGCCACGCAGAUGGUGCAAAGAACACCAGAGUGACAGAAUCAAGGUCAUUCGUGACGCUUUCGAAGACUGACUCUGCGGCUGUUCAAACCGACACGAUGCCUUUGCAACAAAAGUCUGUCCAGACAAUGGCCAUCUCGGCUUCAACGACAGGCUUGCCCCCCAAAGGCUUUUGGAUAGCAGAAGGGCAGUUCUUCCAAAAAGAAAGGUUGCCUUUGGCUCAAGACUUACCAGAAUCUGAGGGAGUACCUGUUUCAGAGCUCCCUCUCUCUACAGAUGUGAAGAUGGUCCAAACGGAGAGAACACCUGCCCGGUCACGGCUUUGCUCAUCAGAUGAGAAGGUGGUCCAAACAGAGGCAACACUGCCUUUGGAGCAACCACGCUUUACUGAUGUGAAGGUUGUCCAAACGGAUAGAAUACCUGCACGGUCAAAUCUUUGCUUAUCAGAUGAGAAGGUGGUCCAAACAGAGGCAACACUGCCUUUGGAGCAACUACCCUGUACAGAUGUGAAGGUUGUCCAAACGGAUAAAAUACCUGCACGGUCAAAUCUUUGCUUAUCAGAUGAGAAGGUGGUCCAAACAGAGGCAACACCGCAUUUGGAGCAAUCACCCUCUACAGAUGUGAGGGUUGUCCAAACGGAUAGAAUACCUGCACGGUCACAGCUUUGUUUAUCAGAUGAAAAGGUGAUGCAGACACUGGCAAUGCCUCCUUCGGACUUGCUUGCUUUUUCUGCGGAUGUGAAGGUUGCGGGGACAGAUGGAAUACCUGUGCCUGUGCAGUCAGAUCCGUGCGCAUCAGAUGGAAGGAUUGUCGGAGCAAGGGCAACGCCUGCUAUAGACUUGCCACGGUCGGUUGUGGAAGCGGGGCAAACAACUUCACAAUUCCAGCCUCAGGCAUCAGCAGAUUCGUUCUCGCCUCUUUCUGCAGGAAAGAAGGGUGUGGAAAGGGAUAGGGGGCCUGCACGCUCAUCAGAUGUGAAGGUUGCGAAAGCAGAGGCAAUGUUUGCUUCGGAUCCACAUCGCCGCCUCGUGGAAGCAGAGAGAAUUCCUGCUCAGGCACAGUCGGAGCCAACACCGGCUUCAGACUUCCCGUCUCCUCUAGACGACAAAGUUCUUCACUCAGAGAAAGCAGCACCGCUGUCACAGCCACGCUCAUUCUCUGACACAAGGGUGGCUCGGUUUGCAAACAACCGGCAACCAGGCAGAAAACCCUCACGGGCUCAAACAGCGCAGCUGUCCCAGCCUUCGUUAGUGAGAAGGGCUCAAACAGGGCCGAUUCUUGCCGAGUCGUCAGCUCCAAUAAGAACCCCACGACAGCCAAGUUUAUCAGGUUCGAAGUCGAUGCCAAUUGCCAUGGACCGGUCUUCACCAAGCACCAUGCUCACGAAUCACAAAGACAAUGCUGGGAGACAUCAAGUUGCGCAAGGGCCAUUUGUUGGAGAUGAAGAGCUGGUGUCCACCUCAGAAAUGCAGUUCGUGCAGGGCCUGGCAAGCAAGGUGGCAGCGGCAGAGGCCAGCCGCUCGGCAACCCGAAAUCUGGAGAUGGAAACUCCAGCCUAUGCCAUCGACUUGGAAGCAGAGCUCAUGCGGCGGUUGGCCCGGCCACCCAAGGUGCCGAAGCCCAAGUUGGAGAGCAGGUCACAGCAGAUCCAUGCGAAGCUUCUAAGGCAGGUGGAAGCAACACGCGCGCGCGUGGCUCGGAGCGACAUUUCCCUAACGGAGCUGCUGGACGGUCGGAGUGACCGAUUUCCCUCUUCGCCCCGUUGCAUUUGGCACGGCUCGGGCGCGGCAGCGGUCACCGGCGUGGCUCCGCUGUACUAUGAGGGCCCUGAUUGUGAGUACACAUCUGUGGCUGCUCUUUCUCUCGAGGCAUCCCUUGAUACAGUCUCGUUUGCCUCCCACCAAGUUUGA